AUGGAUGGAUCGCAGAUUACUGAGGUGAAGGCUAAGCUGGACUCUGUGCAUAGUCUUCUUGUGGGUAAGAAAUCUGUCAGAAUCGAACCUGAUGAAGAAGCUGAGGAAGAGGAUGUUAACUUCAUCAAUGGUGCUGGAUUUCAGGACCAGAGAUUUAGUACUCAGCCUGGGAACAUGAAUUACAAUGGAAAUAAUCAGAGGAGUACCUUCACAGGUAAUCAUAACUCUUCUGGUUAUAACUCCAAACCUCAGUACCAGAAAUCCUACUCCAACAACAGUUUUUCAAGGAAUUAUGGUUCUCCUCCUCCUCAAACUCCAAAUAAUGAGAUGGAAUCUAUGCUGGAACAGAUCCUGGAAGAUCAGCAAAAGAUUACUGUGGAUUUCAAUGGGAAGAUUGAUGCUCUGUAUCUGAAUCUGAAUGGAAAAUUCGAAGCUCUGAACAUUCAUGUCAAGAAGCUGGACAUUCAAGUUGCUCAAACUGCUGAGGCUGGUGUUUCUGAGGAUGAAAUCGUGGAACUGGAGGAAUCUGCAGAAUAUUUUAAAACUGCAGAGCCGGUGUCGAGCGACACAAUCACUAGUGUCGCGCGACACCAAGUCGAAGAUACAAAGAAGAAACCAGCAGUGUGGGACAACACCACCACGGGGGUUGAGCGACACCAAACUGAGGAUCCAAAAUCAGGGCCAGUGUUGAGGGACACCACCACUAGUGUCGAUCGACACCAGCUGCCAACUGAAGCAGAUAUCACUAAGAAGUCAAAGCCAGUGGAGGAAAGGGUUUACAAACCUAAGAUUCCUUACCCUAGGAGUCAUAAGAGCUCUAAGCAGGAGCUUGACGAUGCAAGAUGUAAGGCUUUGAUGGAGAAGAUUAGGAUGGUGACUAAUAAUCUGAGUCAUGAGGAAGGAGUGAUGAUGAUUUCUGAACAGGUCAGUGCUGUGAUUCAGAAUAAGAUUCUAGAGAAGCUCUUGGACCCAGGAAGCUUUGUUUUGGACUGCUCUAUCUUCUCAGAGAGGUUCAAGAGAUCGCUGUGUGAUCUUGGUUCGAGUGUCAAUCUCAUGCCAUACUCUGUAGCUGUUAGCUUUGGGAUGACUGACUUCAAGCCAACUAAGAUCUCUUUGAUCUUAGCAGAUCGAUCUAAAAGAAUCCCAAAAGGUGUCUUCGAGGAUGUUCCGAUUAAAGUUGGUGAUUGCAUAAUUCCUACAGAUUUUGUGGUUCUGGAAUAUGGAGAGGAACCCGAAGAUCCUUUUAUCCUGGGAAGAUCGUUUUUAGAUACAGCUGGAGCAGUGAUUGAUGUCAAGCAUGGUAACCUUGAUCUCCAUCUGGGAGAUACAAUCAUGAACUUCAAGAUGGAGAAGCUGAAGGAUCCAACCAUAGAUGGUCAAACAUUCCAAGUCAGUGCAAUACCGGAAGUGAUAGAUGGAGAUCAGAAGGUGCUUGAUGCUGAGAAGGUGAUAGAUCAACCUGAGUUGACUAAGACGCCUACAGAACCAAUAGCUGCUAUUGAGCAGAAAGCUCAAACAUCAUGCUCCAUUCAUCUCCACCAAAGCAAAGGGAAUAGGUUAAAGUGGUCCAAACACAUAUCUCACCCUAGUGCUAUUCCUGCAUUCUUUGGACGACCUCAUGCGCACAACGCUUACACACCACCAUGGAUGAGACGACUUUCACAGAGGCAUUCGUUGCCACUAUCUGAUCCACCAGAUGCAUAG